CUGGUGCGUCUCUGGGCUGGGUUUCCUUUUUAUCCAAGAAGACGCGAAAAAAACCCAGCAUUGUCAAGUAUGUCGAGGCAAAGAUACUGAAUUAUCACGUUCAAAGGAUGAUUUAAAAAACUCGGACCUUGCCAUGGCAAUACGGGAGCUCAAAGUUUGCCUUUUAGGGGACACCGGCGUUGGUAAAUCCAGCAUUGUUUGCCGAUUUGUUCAAGAUCAUUUUGAUCACAACAUAAGCCCGACCAUAGGAGCAUCGUUCUUGACCAAGACAGUCCCCUGCGGUAAUGAACUACACAAGUUUCUGAUCUGGGAUACGGCCGGACAGGAACGGUUCCACUCCUUAGCUCCUAUGUACUACCGAGGAUCGGCUGCUGCUGUCAUCGUCUACGACAUAACUAAACUGGACUCUUUCCAGACAUUGAAGAAGUGGGUGAAGGAGCUGAAGGAACACGGCCCAGAAGACAUUGUCGUAGCGAUAGCGGGGAACAAGAACGACUUAGGAGAUAUCAGGGAAGUUCCUAUGAAAGAGGCGAAGGAGUUUGCUGAAUCAAUUGCAGCUAUUUUCAUCGAGACUAGUGCCAGAAAUGCUGUCAAUGUCGAGGAGCUCUUUCAGAAAAUCAGUAAACAAAUUCCGCCGCUGGAAAAUCCCGACGUGGACAGCAACGAGUCCUUCAAACUCACCCGGCAGCCCCCUCCGUCUGCCAGGAGGUGCUGCUAGUACCAGGACGGGCUGAUGAAAACGAUUUCCUCCAACAAGCAGCCUCUGCCAGCGCAGCACGACGUCCACAAUGCACACAGUGUCCUCCCCCUGGGAAAGGCGGCACAGUGGAUGGACCGAGGUCAGCAACAUGAACAGAAAAACCUGCCAACAGUGUUAUGUAGGUCAAUGCACCAAAUUCAACAAGCACAUGUAUUUCUUUUAACUGUAGCAGCUCCAGCGCUGAUGAAGUCAGGAAGCAGAAAAGGCCUUUCAUUUGUCCCCCUCAAGUGGUGUUUUGGCUGAAUUACAAUUAGACUUAUGAUUACAUGGUGUCAUUCACUGCUCAGAAAUGUAUAAAGAGGUGAUUUUUAUGCCCUUUUACAUGUUCUAUGAUCAAUCACAAAUUAAUUACAAGUGCUCCAUGUGAAUAUGCUGAGCAAAGCCAGAUCUUAGCAUUUUUUUUUUCAUCUGUUAUGCAGAUUUCAAUGCACCAUGCUCUUUAAAUGGAAAAGCAUUGAAUCAACGUUAUACUAUCAGUAUUUGCCAGCUAUACUCUCAUCAACUCAUGGAGCUUUUUUGUGCAUCCAUAGAUGCAAAUAUCACCUCAGUUUGAUGAAAAUAUUUGAAUAAGUGGUUGUUGAGCUCUAUUUCUAGAUGAGCGUUUAGUUAUACGACUCUCGGCUUUACAUUCCUCUCCACCGCACAUUUCAUCCACAUAUGUAACAGGAGUUUAAAGCUGCAGAGGCCAAAAUAAUAAUUACAGUACGACCCCCCCCCACCCCCUCCGCUGAAACACUGUGACCGAUAAUAGAACUGUUUACAUAGCGAUUUGUUGAGGAUGUUUUCUACACGCUAAGACGUGUUAUUUUAGAUUUCACUACAGGGAAUGGCUGUAAACAGCUGCCAAGAAUUAGCUUUGCUUGUAUUUUACUAUAAAAAGGGUUGCAUUUAUAGUAUAAAUAAGGAAAAACUACAUGUAAUAUACUAGAAUCAUGUCUAGUUCCACAAAUGCUUAUGUUGUAUACAGUAACUUAACUCCAGCGUCAAAGGAAGCCUAACUUUUAACGUGCAGAUAAUAGUGGGGGGGGAUUUGUUAAAACUGAGAUUCUGUUCAGAUGCUGUCUUUUUUUUCUUUUCUUUUUUGUUACAGUAUUGCUCUUUGAUUUGCUCUGGGACUUCAGAAAAGUAUAAUGGCACUUUUGCAUAUAUUAAAUCAUGCAAUGAUAGUUUGGGCUUACUUAAAAAUGUAUUUUUCCUGUCUUCCCUAAUGUCUAUUUCUUAAAAAAUUUGGAUUGGACUUGAAAAAUUAAAUAGUAUGUCAAGGUAUUUUUGGCUCUGCAUAACUUAAAAAUGUGUUUCACUUGCAGUUAAAACAUUUUAUAAUGUCUGAUAUGACACCUUAAUAUCAGUAAUUUGUAAAAUGUUAACGGGUAUACACAGCCUUUGGGAGCCUUUAACUUUGUUAAAAUUCAGUGGCAAAAAUUAGUGUAUCUAUUGUCGUGUAGUGGCUUUGUGCGAUGUCUCGUACGAGAGCGUCCAACAGUCACGAGUCAAAACAACCAAGGUGGCCCUAGAAUUGCUAAUAAAACCUUGAAUCAAUGAGUUUUAACUGUAAAUCCAACCGCAGUCAUUCACCUGUGCUCUUACUCCACUUCAUGUCAUUUUGGAUGUAUUUUUGUUUGUCUAGUUGUCACUUUGCUUAUGUAACAUGCUUUGUUUCUCCAAUUGGUUGUUUGCUUAUCCCGCGCCAUCCAGAGACGGCUUCUGCUGCAUCCAAUAGCACCGCUUCAACCAGAGUAAUUCUGUAUAUUUAAAAAGUAAAAGAAAAAUGAUUGACAUGCCAGGUUACGACACAGUUUUCUGUCUUGAAACUCAAACAAACUUUCAAAAAUGUGACUGUAUGGACUGACUUAUCAGAAACACCUACCUAACCAAGUUUGGUUUUGAAGUAAGAUGAGAUGUUCCCUUUAAACCCUUGCCCUCAAGACCCGUCACGUCUUAUUUUAAGCAAAUGUCAGACUUGUGACUACAGUCUUUCAGUAAAUUGUAACGCUGUUAACACCUUAAAAUUGGACAUCAAUGCGGGCUAAUAGCUGUUCGGAAUGUUUAAACUUGAGAAAAUACGAGGGGGUGCGGGGUUUCGGUGAGGUUGGAAAUCUGGUACGAUACCAUCUCCUUCAUGAGAUGAAAUUCCAAGAAAUAGUGUGUUCAUCGCACACAAGUGCCUUUUGAUAUGUUGUUCUCAACAGAAAAUGUUUGACAUGGCUGAAAGUGAAUACCUUUGGAAUAAUGCAUUAUUUGUAAAGGCUAACCGCACAUAUAUUUUUACUUUUAAAGUGCAAUUUUUUACAGCCAGCCUUGUCCUGUUUGCAUAAGUCAUGCUUCUCUGUAUUCUCUGUAGAACAGAUACAUUUCUGUUUAUUAAUCAUUGUAAUAAAGAAGUCAUAUUA